AUGGAUAGAAAGUCUGCUAGAAUAAAAGCAGAGUUACAAAGAUAUGGUUGGAGAGUUUCGAAGAAGUUUAAAUAUAGGAAGGGAAGACCCAUAAAAGUCUAUGACAAAUUGUCUGGUCUUCGCUACGAAAUGGAUUUGGAAACAGCACGUGCCAAUUAUCCAAACAGACUAGAGAGGUUAGAAGAAGAACGUCUUAUGGACAUGCCUUUCGAUGUUAGUGAACCUCAAGUUGAAGGACACGACGGCUUUGCCAGAUUCUACUGGAAACAUGACGAACAAUUGCAUCCUUUGAGAAGGAAAAAAGGAAAAGGUGAAGACACACAUGCUCCCAUGGAAAGAACAAGAUAUGCAUAUGAAAAGUAUCGUGAAGUUAGAAGUCAAAUUACAUCUGGUCGAACCUUUACAGUAAACUUUGACGAAGGAAAGAACAAAGAAGGCUUCAUGGGAGUACUUGCUGCCAUACAAGACGGAAAUAAGAAAGGACACAAUCUCAGAUUGA